AUGGGUUUAGCAAACCUCUCAGAGCGUCUGAGCGGCACGCCUCUUAUCGUGGCCAUUACCAUUGCCAAUGCCUGUUCCAUGGCAUGGUUCGGUUACGACCAAGGUGUCUUCUCCGGUGUUCUCAUCUCAGCCGACUUCAAGGUUCACUUUCCCGAGACUCGACAGGCAAACAUUUCCGGCAUCACCUCUAGUUGCUUCUCCCUUGGGGCUUUUUUUGGUGCUAUCUUUGCUUUCACUGCCGGUGACAAACUUGGGCGCCGAAAGGCCGUUGCCCUGGCUCUCAUCUGCAACUUCGUCGGUGCGGUCCUUCAAAUCGUCGCUUGGCAUCUGCCUCAGAUGAUCAUCGGUCGAGUCAUCAAUGGUUUCGGGAUGGGAUUGUCCUCUGCCACCUGUCCCGUCUACCAAGCCGAGUGCUCGAAACCUCGCGUUCGAGGAAAACUAGUGGUUGUUGGCUCGCUCAUGAACACUGCGGCAUUCUGCCUGGCAAACUGGAUGAAUUACGGUCUCUUCUUCCAGGGGAACGCUCUUCAAUGGAGAUUUCCCCUCGGAUUUCAGUUGAUCUUCCCCAUCAUUGUCGCCACGGCUCUUCUUUUCUCGCCCGAAUCCCCAAGAUGGCUUCUCCUCAAAGACCGACACGAUGAGGCCUUGAACGUUAUUGCUCGACUGGAAGGUUCCAAUAAGAGCGUUGAUGAUGAGGACGUACAGGCACAAUAUUUGUCUAUCCGCGGAGCUCUGGAGCAAGAGCGGGACAAUGUCGUUCCUGUCCUGGAUGUCCUUCGCUGCCGCGACAAGACGCAGAACCUCCGAAGAAUUCUACUGUCCUGUGGUACACAAUUCAUGCAACAGUUCAGUGGUGUUAAUGCUCUGGGAUACUAUCUGCCCACGCUGCUGCAACAGAGUGUCGGGUUGAGUGAACAACAAUCGCGCUUGAUGACAGGCAUAAACGGCACCAUUUACCUUUUCUCCGCCAUGUGCUGCUUGCUCAUCAUCGACCGCUUUGGGCGCAGAAAGAUGAUGUUAUACGGAUCAUUGACUAUGGGAUCUUGCUACCUCGUUGCCUCAAUGUGCCUUAAGAAUGCCGCAGGCGCCGAUGAUGACCGAGAACAACUUCUCGGGCGAGUCACCACAGCCAUGUUCUUCCUCUACUACUUCUUCUAUGGCACCAGUUUCGCCAAGGUUCCCUGGGUGUACAAUUCCGAGAUCAACUCUCUCGGCUGGAGAACUCGCGGAGCCGCAGCUGCGACAGCGACUAAUUGGAUGGGCGGCUUCAUCGUGACGCAAUUCACCAAAGUUGGCGUCGAUAACCUCAAGUGGAAGUUCUAUCUGAUCUACGUCAUUCUUUGCUGGUCUUACUUUCCUGUGGUGUUCUGCCUGUAUCCCGAGACGUCGCGCCGUACCCUCGAAGACAUGGACGAGAUCUUCAUCAACUAUCCUGGCUUGUUGGUCUUUGGCAAAUCUACAUUAACGCAACGCGAGCGACCCCAAGCCUUUAUCGACGCGGAGUCGGCUCGUAUCGCCGCCAUCUCGGACGCCAAAGAGACCGGUGAGCUUCACAAGAGCUCCGGAAUAGCACACGAGGAGCGGGUUUAA